AUGUUGAAAAAAACACAUGGCUCAACAGCGCUAUCUCAUCAAGGGAAUCACUGCCCUUAUGUGGACUUUAUCAAAUGUCCGGAGGGAUGCCUGGUCGCUGACAAGUCCACGAACUGUGUGAAGUGUUCCUGCCCAGUCCCGUCCACGCCUCUACUCAACUGCUUCAAGUGCACUAAGGUGACGAAUCCAGCUACAUGUGCGACAAUUCAACAGUGCGGAAAGCAUGAGCUGUGUCACACACGGACUGUACACACCAACACCGGGGUUUCCUACCAGUUUUCCUGUAUGCUAAGGACGGAAUGUGAGCAUCUGUCGUCUCCCAGCAUCAUCGGAAGACGAGCUACAACGUGUGACCAGUGCUGUACCACGGACCUUUGUAACCAGAAGCUUUGCAAAUAAAGUGUGUAGUUAUCCUUA